AGGUUCAAUUUUUUCAGGUUUUUUUGGAAGAAGUUUGGGUACUAAAGGAUCGCAAUUAAUUACAUCUAGUUCUAUUAUAGUGACAACUUUAUUAGCUUUAUUAGCUUUUAUAGAAGUAGGUUAUAAUAAUAUACCAGUAACUAUAGAUUUAAUAAGAUGAAUAGAUUCAGAAUCUCUUAAUGUAUAUUGAGGUUUUUAUUAUGAUAGCUUAACUGUUUCUAUGCUUAUACCUGUGUUAAUUGUUUCUAGUCUAGUUCAUAUAUAUUCUAUAGGUUAUAUGAGUCAUGAUCCACACAAUCAAAGAUUUUUUAGUUAUUUAAGUUUAUUUACUUUUAUGAUGAUUAUUCUAGUAACAGCUAAUAAUUAUUUAUUGAUGUUUUUAGGUUGAGAAGGUGUUGGAGUUUGCUCAUAUUUAUUAAUAAAUUUUUGAUUUACUAGAAUAGCAGCAAAUCAAAGCUCAAUUUCAGCUUUUUUAACUAAUAGAGUUGGUGAUUGUUUUUUAAUGAUAGGUAUGUUUAUAAUUAUAUGAUCUUUUGGUAAUAUAAAUUAUUCUACAAUAUUUUCUUUAGCUCCUUAUUUAAAUAGCAAUAUUAUUACUUUAAUAGGUAUUUGUUUAUUAAUAGGUGCUAUGGCUAAAAGUUCUCAGAUAGGUCUUCACGUUUGAUUACCGCAAGCCAUGGAAGGACCUACACCAGUAUCUGCUCUAAUUCACGCUGCAACAAUGGUUACAGCUGGUGUAUACUUAUUAAUGAGAUCUUCACCUUUAAUAGAAUAUAGUUCUACUGUAUUAUUACUAUGUUUAUGAGUAGGUGGAAUAACAACUAUAUUUAGUUCAAUUAUAGGUUUAUUUCAACAAGAUAUUAAGAAAGUUAUAGCUUAUUCUACUAUGAGUCAAUUGGCUCAAGAAUAUACUAUUCAUUCUAGUAUAUUCAGGCAUCAAACUAUAUGCGUAGAGGUUAUAUAUAAUAUAAUUAAUUCGCAGAUAACCAAAGCUCGUGAUUAUUUAUAUAAUCACUAUAAUGUUAAGUUUUAUAAUUCAUCUACCAUUAUAAGGUUAUAUCAGAAUAAUUUAUCUGUGUCAAUAAGAUGAAAAUUUAAUAUUAUCAGUAAGUUAGUAGGAAUCUCAGAGGCCAUACGUUUGAUAUUAAUCUUUAUUAAAUUAAAUUUAUUUAAUUUAAUCUCAAAAAUUUCUAUAUUUAAAAAACAAGUUACUGUAAGUAAAGUUAAUAUUUACAAAUCAUCCUCUAGAUUAAAAAAUAGUUAUAAUUUAAUAUUAUAUAGAAAUUUACAUACAAAUGUAAAUACUAAUAAUUUAAUAUAUAAAAAUAAUAAUCCUGAAGAUAUUCAUUUUAAAGAAUGAUUAGCAGGAUUGAUAGAUGGUGACGGUUAUUUUUUAUUAUCUAAAAAUGGAUAUAAUAGUUGUGAAAUAACUAUGGAUGCCAGGGAUAAAAAAGCUUUAUAUUUAAUAAAACAUAAAUACGGAGGAUCUAUUAAACCAAUUUCAAAUGCUUAUGCUUUUAAAUAUAAAUUAAGAAAUAAAGCUGGUUUAAUAAAAUUAAUAAAUGAUAUAAAUGGAUUAAUUAGAAAUCCCACGCGUUUAUUACAAAUGAAUAAGCUUUGUAUAAAAUUUAAUAUAACCUUAAAAUAUUCAGAUAAACGCGUGGAUUAA